AAUUAUUGGAAGUAGGAAAAACCGACCUAUUAAUUUUUUUUUUUUUUUUUUAAAAAAAAAACACAAACGUAAAAAGUUGAAAUAAAAAAUCAAGAUUGCAGCAAACACAAUCAUAGAUUUGAGUUAUUCAAAAUUUCCAAAACGUGAGACGUAUGACGAGCGAGAGAGCGAUGUCUCCGGCGAUUCCGCCUCCGCAGAGCCAACACUCAGAGCAUCAGUCACUGCCGCAGAAACCAGUAAUCCCUGCUCCCAUUUCCGCCGCACCUCCCUCCUCGCCACGAACUACGACGGAGGUUGUUGCGAAUAGCAACGGUGUAGUAUCAGACCAAGUGAUUGAUGAAAUCGAAGAACCAUCCUAUUUCAAAUAUCUCGAUAGCAAAGAGUGUGCUGAUAAGUACCGAAGGUACGAAUCUGACUUUAAGCAGAUGCUCCUGUCAACUUAUUUCUCUGGGAAAGAUCCCAAUGGAGCGAACAUAUUCGAGGAGAGAACAACAAUAGAUGGUGAAACCAUUAUGUCAAGCAGGUGGCCUUGCACGCGUUACUAUGCAGACCCAGAUAUUUCAUUUCCAGAUCCGGUACAAGGCCCUGAUGAAGAAGAAGAAGAAGAAGAGAGUGCUGAUUCAGCUACUGCAGAGAUAGCCCCUGGUGAAAUCUCCAAUGGAGGUAUUGUCUCAGAGAAGAAGAAUAGUUGUUGAUGUAGGCAAGAAACCAUUAAAAUGCCCGUUUUAGUUUUCUGGUUUACGGUCUUGACAAUGUUUGAUUCAACCUUUUGCUUGAUUUGCUUCAUAGACUAAGAAUGUGAUGCACAAGUUGUAAAACCAGUAGAUUUAAUUAAUAGCUACUGCUUUGUUUCUCAUCUAUCAUAUACAUAUAUGCAAGUAAUUUCUAGUGUAGUAUUCACAUUACAUAUAUAUGGGUCAAUCAUAGUACUACUGGC